UUUCAAUCAUCUAUGCAUUGAUGUCUCUCUCAAUGUAUGACAGCGGAUUAGGAGAUAUGCAUUACUGAUUAUAAAGAAGAUUACUGCAUAGACUAGGGCCCUUGGGAAGUCCAAAGAGCAGAGUCAGCAGACCCUCUUAGAGGUGCGGCGGCGAACACACUGCACAGGGAGUUUGAAUGUUUUGGCGUCACGUUGGUGCCUCUCGCUCACCAUGUCCACCACACUCAGCUUCUCAGGGAAAAACCACAAAUGGAACACCGCAGAGGACGCCCAGCCGGUGGUAGACGCUAUUCUUGCUACGCAUGACCUCCGCUGCCUGGCCCUGGAUGGCAACACGCUUGGGGUGGAGGCUGCACGGGUCAUUGGGGAUGCCCUGGCUGCCCAUCCUGAGUUUGAGCGAGCCCACUGGAAGGACCUUUUCACGGGCCGCCUCAAGUCAGAAAUUCCCGAUGCCCUGAGGCACCUGUUUUCGGGACUGGUGAGGGCUGGAGCAAAGCUAAAGGAACUGGACCUGAGCCACAAUGCCUUGGGACCAGUGGGUGUGGAGGGCAUGGUGGACUUCAUGUCUUCCCCUGUCUGUUACUCCCUCGAGGAGAUACGUCUGGACAACAAUGGGCUAGGCAUCAAGGGUGGCACCAUGUUGGCCCAGUCCCUUCUCAAGCUGGUAGAGAAUGCCAAGGCUGCCAACACUCCUCUAAAGCUGAAGGUGUUCAUCUCAGGACGUAACAGGCUUGAGAAUGAAGGUGCAGAGAUGUUUGCCAAGUUCUUCAAAGCAGUGGGCACCCUGGAGCACGUAGCCAUGCCCCAGAAUGGCAUAUUCCAUGUGGGCAUAGCUGCUCUUGCUUCUGCCCUCAGUAUGAAUCCUAACCUAAGGAUAAUCAACCUUAAUGACAACACCUUCACCCCCAAGGGAGCAAAGGCCAUGGCAGAGAAAUUGCUCACCAUGCAUAAUCUGGAGGUUAUUGACUUUGGUGACUGUUUGUUGAAGACAGCAGGUGCCAAGUACAUUGCCAAUGCUGUGAUAGAUAUCCACACCAAGCUGCAGGAGCUGCGUAUGGACAGCAAUGAGAUAGGAGUGAAUGGAGGUCUGGCGGUGGCCAAUGCAAUGGUCAACAAGGACAAUCUCAAGGUUCUCAACUUAGAUGGGAAUCAGUUUGGGGCGGAAGGGCGAGAGAACAUUGUCAUUGUUCUGCAAGACAUUGGGCGCCUUGACUGCCUGGAGACUCUGGAGAAUGAUGAGAACUCUGCCAGUGAGGAUGAGGACACAGAAGAUGAGGAGGAGGACAGUGGUGAUGAUGAGGAAGAGGAAGACAAUGAUAUUCAAGAAUUGGAGCCAUCUGGUGUGAGUCCCUUGAAGCGGGCAGAUGCAGUAAUCCAGCCAGUCAGGGGCUCAGCAGCUGAGUUCAGGGCACAGCCAACAGCAGCACGCCUCUUGGGUCUGGGAAAUUCUGGUCCCUCACAGCUGGUGGAGGAGGCAAGGCGGCUGUCUGAAGGAUCUCAGGAGGAGUUUGUCUUCCACUGCUUUGGUCUCCUGAUGCGCGCUGCUUCCCUCGCCACUUCCAACAACAAACAGGUACAAGAGGCAGUGAAGACUACCACUGACCAGCUUACCCAGGCAAUCUUUUCUGAAAACCCAGAAGAUCUCUCCUCUGUUGCCACCAACUCCCUGCUCAUCCACCUUGGUCUCAUCAAGUGUGAGGACAAAAAAUUCAAGCUGGAGUGGGACCUGCGGGGCUGCCUUCUCACCCUGGCAGCCAUUGUGAAGCACCCCACCUUUCCGGACCACACUAAGAAUGCCCUGCAGCUGUUCCUUUCCAGACCUAACUCCAAGAUUGAUGCUUAUGUGCAAGAAAAGCACAGGCUCAUGACAGCCAUUUUCCAAUAAAGAACUGGCAGUUAGUCACAGCAGGUGUUUGAUGGUGUACUACAGGGAGUGGGAAUACCUUUUGUUUACCUCUUUAUAAGCUCAUUGAUUUUUUAUCUAUUAUUGGAAGAAGGAUUACUGGGCAAUCUUCUCUCCAGUUGACACAUUUACUGUUCUGUGAUUCAUGUAGCUCUUCCGAGUCUCUCUUUCAUGCAUCUCGGCUUUUGUUGCCACAGGAGGGAACUUGACAUGUAAAAUAAGACAAAGUGUGUAAAGAUUUAACAUGAAGUUAUAUUUUUGAAGAUUUUCUUAAAUUUACUUUUAACUUGAGUUUUACUAUGGUAAGAAAACCAAAAUGAAUUGGUUUUUGUUUUAUUGACAUUCUAUGUGUGGUAAUGGUCAUCAAGUAUGUGUUGUACAGGUCCUUCUUAAGUAAUGAGGUUAUUUUUGUAUGUUGUGACCUAAGGAACUUUACUUAGGUGAGAGUAGCUGAACCCUGAAUAGCCAGUGAACAGAAUGGAAUGGAAUGGAAUGGAAUCUGUGAAGUCACCAAUGAAAUGUAUAUUUAUGUUCUUCAGCUAUUUUCAUUUGUUUCUCUCUCUCUCUCUCUCUCUCUCUCUCUCUCUCUCUCUCUCUCUCUCUCUCUCUCUCUCUCUCUCUCUCUCUCUCUCUCUCUCUCUCUCUCUCUCUCUCUCUCUCUCUCUCUCUCUCUCUCCAUACAUCUCGUCCCAUGUUUAAAAAUUAUUGAUAGUGACCAGGUAGUGAAUUACAACAUUUAUGUAAUAUUGUAAUUAAUACAAUUCAAUUUAUAUAAUUCUGAGUGGAAAUCCAAACAUAGUGAGGAAAGUUUCUUUAAAAUUUUUUGAGGAUGUGAUUGUUAAGUGUUAAUAUUCAUCAUUAUUUUUUUUGUUUACUUCAACUUGCUGCCAACAGACAACCCACAGUGAGCCAUUAUAAGUUCAAAUUAGCAUUAUUAUUUAAGUCACAUUUCAGGUAAGUAUAUCUAGAUUUUUUUUUUCUCCCUGAUCUUUAUUUUCUUUUCUUCAAUUGCCAAAAAGCUUCGGAUGCCUAAGAAAUAUUAAUGAGAUUUUUUUUAGAUACAAUAAAAAAAUUCUCUUACUGUGA